CUCAUCUGUAACUGCUGGGCGGAGGAUCCCUUGCAGAGGCCGUCCAUCAAAAAGAUAGUUCUCACAAUCAAACACAUCAACCCGUACAGAUCCGCGACGGUUCUGGACAACAUGUUUAUGAUGAUGGAGCGCUAUUCCAGUCGUCUAGAGGAGGUGGUGCUGGCAUUGGAAGAUGAGAAGAAAAAGACAGAUGCGCUUCUAUAUAAAAUGCUACCAAAGACAGUAGCUGAUGAACUAAAGUUGGGAAACCACGUGAAAGCGGAAUAUUACGACGCUGUGACGGUCUAUUUCUCCGACAUCGUGGGCUUCACGAGUCUUGCCGCUGAAAGCACGCCGAUGCAGAUUGUGAAUUUUCUCAACUCACUGUACUCUCUGUUUGAUGACAUCAUCCAAACAUAUGACGUAUACAAGGUGGAGACGAUAGGGGAUGCAUACAUGGUGGCCAGCGGACUUCCGGUGCGCAAUGGAGAGAGACACGUGACCGAAAUGGCCGACGUAGCGCUUAACCUACUGAGGUGUGUGCUGAACUAUACAAUUCCACACAAGCGAGACACGCAGUUACUAAUACGAAUAGGUUUACACACAGGACCAGCAGUGGCUGGUGUGGUGGGGCUAACGAUGCCUAGAUACUGUCUCUUUGGUGACACGAUCAACACAGCAUCCAGAAUGGAAUCCAGUGCACGACCAAUGCUAAUACAUAUCACGCCAGACACUCAGAAAGUUCUCAAACAGAACCCACAAUAUGCGAUACUUGAAAGGGGAAAAGUGCAUAUUAAGGGGAAAGGUCUGAUGGAAACCUUCUGGCUCAUUGGCAAGAGGGGAUUGUUUGAGAUCCCUGAUGCCAUUGUUAAGGAGCAGGUCUCCAUUGCCGCCGAUUUAGACGAAUUUAAACGUGUGGCGCAGGACAAUCCGGACAAAAAGCCGUGUGGCGUGGACAUAACGGACAACCAGCAUGGGAAGAUAAAACGCGUCCCCAGACGAGCACGCCACAGUAUGAGUUACACCAAGAUGGACACCAACAUGUAA